GCUUGGUCUGCUCGCAUGUGGCAAGGUGCAGGGACUGACUCGCUUCAUCCGCUUGCACUGCAUCACUGGGUCGAGGCACCGCGGCGUGGCGAGAUUCCGAGUGGGAGGUCCCUCUCUCUCGCAGUCAAUGAGACGUCCCCUGCAGGGAGCCGCUGCCACAACGAGGCGGUGAACCGGCGGGGCUCCUGCCGCCAGCUCUCCAACUGCCCUUGGGCCGAGGACCAGAUACGCAAGCACAAGUACCCGCAGGUGUGCUCGUGGUCCCUCAACCUGCCCAUCGUGUGCUGCCCGGAGAGCACCAACGAACAGCUCAACAACGGCUGGACGUCGCCCACCCAGCGGCCUACCCAGAGGCCCACCCAGAGGCCCACCCAGUGGGGCACCCAGCGGCCGACCCAGCGGCCGACCCAGCGGCCAACCCAGCGGCCGACCCCCAGACCCACGGGGCGACCGGCGGUGCAGCAGCGUGGGAGGAUUGCCAAGAAGAUGUGCGAGAAGUACUCGGAGUACGUGUUCCAAGAGGAGGAGGCCUUCGCGCUCUCGCCACUGGUGAGCGGGGAGAAGAUCGACAAGUGCGCCAUCCCCGCCGAGCCGCUCAUCCUGGGCGGGGAGGACGUCGCCGCCAAUGAGUUCCCGCACAUGGCCCUGCUUGGAUACGGCGAUGACGAAAACAACAUCCAGUACCUGUGCGGCGGCUCGCUCAUCGCACCCAACUUCGUCUUGACUGCCGGCCACUGCCUGUUCACGCAAUCCGGCCAGCCGGCGCGAUGGGUUCUCCUCGGCGACCUGGACCUCUCCACGACGAAGGACGACGCCAGCCCCCAGCGCCUGGAGGUCGCGCAGGCCAUCAAGCACCCCAACUACAAGCCGCCCCAGCACUACAACGACAUAGCGCUGCUCCGGCUCAAGAGGAACGCCGAGAUGACGGCCUACGUUCGGCCUGCCUGCGUCUACACGGAGAACACCCUCCCGGCCUCAAGGCCCAAGCCCUUGGCCACCGGCUGGGGCCACACCGAGUUCGGCGGCGACCCGAGCAACAUCAUGAUGAAGGUGGCGCUGCCGCUGCAGCCGUACCGCCUGUGCAACGACUCGUACCGCAGUGUGGUGGGCAUCAAGCUGCCGCGGGGCAUCCUGGACGAGACGCAGCUGUGCGCCGGCGACCUGGCGGGCGGCAAGGACACCUGCCAGGGCGACUCUGGCGGCCCGCUGCAGACCUUCACGAACGACAAGCCGUACUACUGCAUGCACCACGUGCUGGGCGUCACCUCCUUCGGCAAGGGCUGCGGCUUCAAGAACUCCCCCGCCGUCUACAGCAGGGUCUCGGCCUACGUGCCGUGGAUCGAGAGUGUCGUCUGGCCCAACGAGCAGUGCAGCGAGUGCACCGCGUCGACGGGCGAGAAGGGGCGGUGCAAGAAGCUGACGAGCACGGAGUGCCCCUGGGGGCUGGAGGAGGUGAAGAAGAACCGCAGGCCCAAGGUGUGCUACUACGCCGGGCCCUACCCCAUCGUGUGCUGCCCGAACAAGAGCGGGGCCGACGCAGCAGGGCCCCCUGCAGGCACUCCCACCCCGCCGCCUCCCCGCAACUCCAGUCCCAAGAAAGACAAUAAUGCCUACGCACGCGCCCGCGCCAAGUGUCACGAGUACGCCGAGCACGUGUUCGCCGAGGUGGAGUCCAUCGUUUUGAUGACGCACACCGAGAGGCUGGACCAGUGCGCCGCCGCCGCCGACCCCCUGAUCGUGGGGGGCACGCAGGCCAAGGCCAUGGAGUUCCCGCACAUGGCGCUGGUGGGCUUCGACGCCGACGACGGCGAGAUCGACUACCUGUGCGGCGGCUCGCUCAUCUCGUACAACUUCGUCAUGACGGCCGGCCACUGCCUCUACUCGGGGGAGCGGCCCGCCAAGUGGGUGCUGCUGGGGGAGCUGGACCGCGCCAGCAACAAGGACGACGCGCGGCCGCAGACGAUCCGCGUGCAGGAGCUCAUCAAGCACCCCGAGUACAAGCCGCCGUCCACCUACAACGACAUCGCGCUGCUCCGCCUGGAGAAGGACGCCGCCAUGAGUGGCUACGUGCGGCCCGCCUGCCUGCACACCGAGCCCACCCUGCCGACCCGGGUCGGCGGCAAGCAGGACGACGACGUGCCCGUCGCCACCGGCUGGGGCAACACGGACUUCGAGGGGGACGCGGCGAACCACUUGAUGAAGGUGGCCGUGCACGUGGUGGACCACAGGGUGUGCAGCAACGAGUACGCCAACACGGAGAAGAAGCGCCUGCAGAACGGCAUCCAGGAGAGUCUGCAGCUGUGCGCCGGCGGCACGGCCAAGGACACCUGUCAGGGCGACUCGGGCGGCCCGCUGCAGCUGCCCACCAGGAACUACUCGCAGGCCUCCACCGAGCCCUACUGCAUGUACAAGAUCGUGGGCGUCACGUCGUUCGGCAAGGCCUGCGGCUUCUCGCCCGGCGUGUACACCCGGGUGUACCACUACGUGCCCUGGAUCGUGAGCAUCGUCUGUUGUCUGGGGUUACGACAACCACUUCGCCGAUCUCGCUCCCGGAACGAGGAAUACACCAGUCUCGCCAGGCCCGUCCGCGGCGCCGCACCCAACCAAUCAACCAACUCGUUGUCCGCCGCCAUGAUGCGUGUGGCGCUGCUCUGCCUGCUCGCGGUCCUCGGGGCCAGCGAGGCCACGGGCUCUGUCAGCAGCCGCAAAUGCACGGAGUACGCUGCCUUCGUGGACAAGUGCGGCGCGGACUACAACAGGGUGUUCGCCGUGGGGAAGGUGCCCGCCGGGCCGAGGGAGUUCCCGCACAUGGCUCACAUCAGCUACGACAGUAGCGGCGACGACAAGUUCUACUGCGGGGGCAUCCUCAUCUCCCCGGACUUCGUGCUCUCCUCGGCCGUCUGUGUCGAAGGGAACGCGAAGUUGUCACCCCAGUUCGCGGUGCUGGGCAAGGACGGCGCGAGUCCGCAGAAGAUCCGCAUCGCCGAGAGCAUCCAGCACCCGGACUACAAGCGGCCCGUCGUCUACAACGACAUCGCCCUGUUCCGCCUCGAGCACGCCGCCAAGAUGAACGACCACGUGCGGCCCGCCUGCCUGCACACCGGCCCGCGCCUGGAGACCGGGGACGUGCCCAUCGCCACGGGCUGGGGCCCCAGCGAGUUGGGGGGAGAUAUCAGCGAGAACCUGACGAAGGUGGCGCUGCCCGUGGUGGACCACGGCAUCUGCGACCGGGAGUUCUCCACGCCGCGCCCCACGACCGCGCUGCCGCGCGGCAUCCUGGACGAGACGCAGAUCUGCGCGGGCGGCGGCAAGAGCGACACGUGCCAGGGCGACACGGGCGGCCCGCUGCAGGUGCUGGCGCAGAGCCCGCACUGCAUGUACCAGGUGGUCGGCAUCACGUCCUUCGGCAAGGCCUGCCAGUCCGGCCCGCCCGGCGUCUACACCAGGGUCUCGCCCUUCGUGCCCUGGAUCGAGCAGCACGUCUGGCCGUCCGGCCACGUCGCGCCGAACCAAGGCAAGGUCAAGUAGCGCGCCGCCCACUGUGCGUAAACAAGUGUAGAGCAAAUUCCCUCUUAUUGAAACACGAAAAACAAAACAUUUGUUUGGUAGAUAACUUUGGCGUUGGCUUUAAAAAUGUGCAGGUGACGAAGUUUUUUUUUUGCUGGUUGAACGUUGCCUUUGAAGUACGGUAUUCGUUCAGAAAGAUGUUCAGUUGUUCUCUGUGUAAUAAACGAUGUGCAAGCAUUG